AUGGUUGAUGAAUGGGCGAAUGCUACAAAGGUCAUUACAGAAGUUGCAAGAGAAUCUGUGAAAACGUCUUCUUUUGAAAAAAAUGAAGGGCUUCCACCUCCUCCAAUGGACGAAGGAGCCUUUUUUGCUACACCUACUUCAAUGGAACUGUCACAAAUUUGCUUAUCUUGCUUUCUUCUAUUGCCAUUUGGGAGGUUCUUUGACGGCAUGGAUGAUGAUGGAAGAAAUAAGGUGAAGAAGCCCCGGUUCGUUGUGCUAUCUAUUUUGCAUGGUUUGAGAAAGUUGGAGUUUCAUUGCAGAGUUAAUUUCAGCUGUGGCCCAUACUACUGUGGAAUUCGAACCAAAGAAGCUUUUGAACGUGAUAUUGUUGAUGGACAUUACAAGGCAUGCCUUUAUACAAGAAUCAAAAUAAGCGGCAUCGAUAGAGAAGUGAUGCCCAGCCACAGGAUCACUGACAUUGCUGUGGUGGUAGUAUCGUUUGAUCCCAAGCCAAUUUAG